GAAGAAGAAGAAGAAGAAGAAGAGGGUUGGUUGUAGGGGGGAGGUGACGAUUAUAUAAACCAAGAAAAACGCGUUUGACCUGUCCUCGCCUCUCUUCGUAGACCUCGUCCACUCCUAGAGAGUUUCAGACUAUUCCACACCCAACAUACCCCGAGAAGAAGAAGAAAGCUUCUUCCUUUGUGUCCUAUACCCUCUCAGAGUGUCCUUGGUUUUUCAGUUUAUCAGGUUUCAGAAAUCUAAAGCAAUUCCGAAACACCCAUCUGCGCUUGUUCUUGUGUUUGGUUUCGGGUUUGGUCUAUUGACCUUCAGUCAAAUAUAUCAGAUUUUGGUCCGCCGUGCCGGCCAUGGCGGACAUAGUGAAGCAAAUUCUAGCCAGGCCGAUCCAGUUGGCGGACCAAGUGACCAAGGCGGCGGACGAGGCCAGCUCGUCGAAGCAGGACUGCCAGGAGUUGAAAUCAAAGACCGAGAAGCUUGCGGGUCUGCUCCGGCAGGCUGCCAGGGCCAGCUCCGACCUGUACGAGCGCCCCACGCGUCGGAUCAUCGACGAGACCGAGCAGGUACUGGAGAAGGCUCUGUCCUUAGUCCUGAAAUGCCGAGCCAACGGGAUAAUGAUGCGGGUCUUCACCAUUACCCCGACGGCGCAGUUCCGGAAAAUGUCGUCGCAGCUCGAGAAUUCGAUCGGCGACGUGUCGUGGCUGCUCAGAGUCUCGGCUCCGGCGGAUAUUCGGGAAGAUGGGUACUUGGGCCUGCCGCCCAUCGCGGCCAACGAGCCCAUUCUGGGCUUCAUUUGGGAGCAGAUCGCUAUUCUCCACACCGGCUCCCUCGAAGACCGAUCCGACGCGGCGGCGUCGCUGGUUACUUUAGCCAAGGAUAAUGACAGGUACGGGAAGCUGAUUAUUGAAGAAGGAGGAGUCGGGCCAUUGUUGAAAUUGAUCAAGGAGGGCAAGGUUGAAGGCCAAGAGAACGCUGCAGAGGCUCUGGGGCUACUCGGCAGGGACCCAGAAAGCGUGGAGCACAUGGUCAUUGCCGGAGUUUGCUCUGUGUUUGCCAAGAUUCUGAAGGAAGGGCCGAUGAAAGUUCAGGCGAUGGUGGCGAGAGCGGUGGCGGAGCUGGCAGGGCAUUACCCGAAAUGCCAGGAUUUAUUUGCGCAGCACAACACUAUUCGACUGCUUGUGAGUCAUCUUGCUUUCGAGACAGUUCAGGAGCAUAGCAAGUAUAGUGUGGCUUUCAAUAAGGCGACAUCGAUUCAUGCUGUUGUUGUGGCUACUAAUAAUUCGAAUGUCAAUCAUAAUCCGAAGAAGGCGAAUGAGGAUGAGGAGAAGCAGAUUCCUCAUCCUUUGGGGACUCGGCAGCCGAGUCAUAUGCACAAUGUGGUUGCUACUACCAUGGCAAUGCAGGGAGGGACUAAGGCUCCUCUACAACCUAUUAAUGGCACAGCUAAUGUGCCGACUCAAAUCAAUCAUACCAAGAGCAAUAGCAGCAACAAUGUGAGUUAUCAUUUGUCCCAUCAUAAUUCAGGAACAACCAUUAAGGGGAGGGAAUCGGAGGACCCUGCAACCAAGGCAAGUAUGAAGGCCAUGGCAGCACGAGCACUUGGACACCUAGCCAAGGGGAACUCGACCAUUUGCCGUAGCAUUACAGAAUCAAGAGCACUCUUGUGUUUUGCUGUGCUAUUAGAAAAGGGCCCUGAAGAUGUGCAGAAGUAUUCUGCCAUGGCAUUGAUGGAGAUUACAGGUGUGGCAGAGAAAGAUGCCGAGUUGAGAAGAUCAGCAUUCAAGCCUAAUUCCCCUGCCUGCAAGUCUGUCAUUGAUCAAUUGCUAAAGAUCAUUGACAAGGCAGAUUCAGACUCGGACCUCCUGAUUCCCUGCAUCAAAGCAGUUGGGAAUUUGGCCAGGACAUUUCGAGCAACAGAGACGAGGAUCAUUGGCCCAUUGGUGUGCCUUCUCGACGAGCGAGAAUCUGAUGUUACCAGGGAAGCCUCCAUUGCCCUCACAAAGUUUGCCUGUACAGAAAACUAUCUUCACCUCGACCACUGCAAGGCAAUAAUAGACGCUGGAGGCGCCAAACACUUAAUCCAGCUUGUGUACUUCGGGGAACAAAUGGUACAGAUUUCGGCUUUGGUUCUCAUGUGCUACAUUGCACUCCAUGUACCAGACAGUGAAGAACUUGCCCAGGCUGAGGUGCUCACUGUGCUCGAAUGGGCAUCCAAGCAAUCUUACAUGACCCAAGAUGAGACACUCGACACAUUGUUACAGGAGGCCAAGAGUAGAUUGGAUCUUUACCAGUCCAGGGGCUCAAGGGGGUACCAUGGAUUCAAUCACAAAACAUAGUGAUUCAUUCUUUAGUUUCUGUUUUUACCUUCUCAUGGAGUGUAUAUUCUUGUGUAACUUAGACCAUCCGCAAAUUAAAACCCUCUUUUUUUUGUUUUUCUUUUUGUUACUAUUUUUGGAUGGUUGGUGUUCACCAGAAAGUGAGUAACCCACUCCACCUCUUUCAGUAUUUUCUUACCCAAAGAGAAUAUGAACUAAUUUUUCCUGAUUUCA